AGUCCUCUAAUCCUCUCUCGCUCGCUCUCUAGUCUCUUUUCUUCUCUGGUCUCGCGUUCUCCCUCCUCUGUUCGCCGCUUUAUACCGCCCGCCCGCCCACCAGAACGACAUACAUCCUCCUCCCCCGUCCCCUCCAAUGGGGAACCCGCCGGAGCUGUACCACAAGAUCCUCAACAUCCCCAAGGACACCUCUCCGCAGGAACUCCGCGCCGCGUACAAGAGCCUCGUCAAGAAAUGGCACCCCGACAAGCACCCGCCGUCGUCCAGGCCGGAGGCCGAGGCGCGCUUCAAGGCCAUCAGCGAGGCCUACGAGGCGCUCCUGGACCAGCAAGAGAACAGGGCCGUGUUCGGGCCGUGCAACGGCGACCGGGCGGGUGGAGGCGCCGGGGCGCGCGUGGAGAGGACGCGCAGUGACGGUUUCUGCGCGAGGAGCGCGCCCGGCACCCCGGCCAGGGAGUUGAAGAAGGUGUACAGCGCCGGCAACCCCGGCGGGCGCCGCGCCUUCGCCGAGUUCUCCAGUUCCAUCGUGCGCAAGGCGCCGCCGCUGGAGCGCAGGCUCGAGUGCACCCUCGAGGAGCUCUGCCGCGGAUGCAGCAAGGAGGUCACGUUCACCCGCGACGUCGUCACCAGGAACGGGUCGAUCGUGAAGAAGGAGGUGACGCAGACGGUGCAGGUGAAGCCAGGGUGGAGGAAAGGGAAGCAGGUGGUGCUGGAAGGCAUGGGGGACGAGCGGCCGGGGUGCCUGCCGGGCGACGCCGUCCUGACGGUGUCCGAGAGGAGGCACCCGGCGUUCAAGCGGGUGGGCGACGACCUGGUGCUCAGGGCGGAGGUGCCGCUGGCGGGCGCGCUCACCGGCUGGUCCCUCUCGUUCCGGCUCCUCGGCGGCCGGAAGGUGACCUGCUCGUUCGAGGACGAGGUCAUCCGCCCCGGGCACGAGAGGGUGAUCCGCGGCGAGGGCAUGCCGGUCCCCGGGCGGAAGGACGGCGCGCGCGGCGACCUCAGGGUGAAGCUCGAGGUCGUGUUCCCCACGGAGCUCUCCGACGAGCAGCGCGCCGGCCUCGCCGAGAUCCUCAGAGGGUCCUGCUGAUCGGUCGGUGUCGCCGUCGGUCCAAUUAAGUCCUAUCGUAUCAAGUUUUCUUGGGCGUGUGACCGUGUCCGAUGAGUAACUGAGUACAUAAAGAGAGAUGGUCGACGUUCGUUGUACAUACGGGUUGUCUAUGUAUAUGUCGAUAUAUAUGAAACGUGAGGCAAGCCUUGUG